AGGGGAUCAGGGAAAAGAGAACCUGGGUAGGGCCUGACACAACUGCAUAGAGGAGAAAUGGUCCUCUGGCUGGGAAGGAGGUGCUUCGGUCAGUUGCACAGCCAUGGCAUGGGGGGUUCAUUGUACGCAUCAUGGCUCGGAUGAGUGAGUUUUGCAUAAACUGACUAAUAUAUAUCGUUGUGCUUGGGCAUUUUAACCAGCACUAACAGCCCUCUCCUCUAGGGCCCUGCCAAAUAAGAGAAGGUUGAGGGGUGUCACUGGGAGUGGGGUGCACAGGAGAACUGGGUUUGGCCUUGCUGGUGCAGGAGAGAGUGCUUGCAGGAGAGAGUGCUUCCUCUCCAGUCAUCCCCUCUUCCCCUUCAUUUUGUCUCUUGUGCACUCAGAAAAUGCUCUUCCUCCGUCUCUUGCUGCUGGAGCUCCCAGUGCUGUGAGCAGAAAUCUAAUGAGACCGAACUGCCUGGUUAUGUAACUCUCCACACACAGCUUAAGGCUCUUGUUUUUAACCCCCACCACCAUUAGAAUAAUUAACAUGCUUAGAUACCUUAGAAAUGUCAUCCUCCUUUUAAAAAAAACAAAACAAAACAAAAAACCUGUUUGCAGUGUUCAAGCUGUUUGGUUUAUUCAGUGGCUUGUACCAAGGCUCAAUUUUGAGGCUUACAAGAAUUUGUAGUUUCUGCUCAGUGUUUUUGAGGAUCAUUUUAUCCUAAAGGACAUCGGGAAGGGGAGAUGAAACAGAUGGAUUAAUAAAUCAUUUUUAGUGUCCCUUUUAACUACCCCAAUCAACUUUUCCAUAUCGAAUUAGUCCCCUUUUGUAAAUAUCUUCUGUUUGCCCUUGAUCUUUCCUUAUCCCCACCCAGUGCUGAUCCAGCAAACGUUUAAAGGUCGCCUUAUCAUACAGCCUCUCAGGCUGUUCCCAUAUCAUGUUUGAGGGGGAAGUGGGGGAGAUUAAAGGAGGCUUUAAAAAUGGGGUUAAACUUUGCAAAACUACCCAAUUGGGGCAGGAAAUAAAAAUAGGAUUGCAGAAUUUGGAAAUUGGCUUUGACUUUUCCUGUUCCUUAAUGACUGAUUUACUAAAUUUUGUAAAUAAUUGUUAUGCUGGGCCAAACAAAAAAAUUUAAGUAAAAUACUGCUGUAGGUGUUAACUCAAAAUGUAUUGUUUUUUUCUGCUUAAGCUAUGAUUGAAACUCCAUCUUUAAAUCAGACUGUUAUACUAAGGUAUUGCAGGAUUAUCAGUAGUGAGGCAUGUUAUUUUAUUAUAUUGCUCUUGUCCCUUGUUUUAAUUGUAUAUUUAUGUGAAUUUCUGUUAUACCCUUAAUGAAGGAGUGACUUCCAUGGCUCCAUUUUAUAUAUAGUAUAAAAUCUGAAGAGAGAGAGAGGAAAAUGAGGAUUGAUCCUAUUGGCUAUAAUAGCUUUAUAAAAUUCCCAAAUAUGUUGACAUGUUUUAAAAUGUGCAUUUAGCUGAUAUUUAAGCAGUUUUAUAGAAGAUGAAAAUUUUUGAACCAGUACAUAGGAAUGGAUUCAUUGACCAUUACUACCAGCCAUAAUUAAGACAGAAAAUGUGUAUUUGCUCUAUUGUGUGUGCACAGUGUGUAUUUAAAGUAUUCUUAUAAUAGUUCUAGAGGGAGAGGGAAAGAAUCCCUGUCCUUCAUCAGUAGACCGUUUCUUCAGUUGUAUUUUCCAUCAAAUGCACAGUUGGUGCAGGUGUUUGGCUUUGACCUAAAAAGAUAUAUGUGGCAUAAUUAAAUUAUUCGAGUGCCAAAAUGCAUCUAAAACAACCAGUAGAUUUUUUUUUAGUAUAUCUGUAACUUAAAGCCCAACUGAUAUGUUUGCAAACCUUAAAAUGAGAAGUGGUUCUUUGACUGAGACCUUUUAUGCUAAAUUAAUAGCUUGGUGCUAAAUUUUGCAGCUGAGUUCUAUAAAUCACCCAGAAUAGGGGGUUGGUAAUUGAACCCCUGACAGGCCUGGCACAUUUAGCAUUGCUAUGACGUCCUAGACACACACUUGCUGCUUUGCAAAUAACUUAAGGGCUGAACUGCAAGCUCAAAUGAUUUUUAAAUGACUUAUGCUGUACUCAUUAAACACCUUCCUAAUGCAUCUUCCAUAGUAUUGUUUAUAAGUUCUGUGGAAUGUAUUUGAGGUCCUCUGUUUUAAGUCAUGUUGAAAGGCAGUAUGUUACAAAUGUCUUCUGAUGAGAAAUAACCUAUUCUAGGUAGAGUAUGAGGCCAGAAUAUUAGGCCUUGGAGCCUGAUCUUAUGCUUUCCUUAUUUGGAUAUAUUUGCUUUUUUUUUCUUAAAGGAACAAGAACACUCAAGGUGAAGGAUAAUAAUCUACUAGAAUCAGCACUUUGAAUGAAAUUUUGUUUCCCUGUGGCAUCUUGAACACUUUUUUUCUUUGGGUUUUGAAACGGACGUUAAACUUUGGCAUAGCAGCUAUGCAGGUUGAAAUCCAAGUAGCACUCAAUUUUAUUAUUUCAUAUUUGUACAAUAAGCUUCCCAGACGACGUGUCAACAUUUUUGGUGAAGAGCUUGAAAGACUUCUUAAAAAGAAGUAUGAAGGGCACUGGUAUCCGGAAAAGCCAUACAAAGGAUCAGGGUAUAGAUGUAUACAUGUAGGGGAGAAAGUGGACCCAGUUAUAGAACAAGCAUCCAAAGAGAGUGGUUUGGACAUUGAUGAUGUUCGCGGCAACCUGCCUCAGGAUCUUAGUGUUUGGAUUGACCCAUUUGAGGUUUCAUAUCAAAUUGGUGAAAAGGGACCAGUGAAAGUGCUUUAUGUGGAUGAUAAUGAAAAUGGAUGUGAGUUGGAUAAGGAAAUCAAGAACAGCUUUAACCCAGAGGCCCAGGUGUUCAUGCCAAUUAGUGACCCAGCAUCUUCAGUGUCUAGCUCUCCUUCUCCUCCCUUUGGUCACUCUGCUGCUGUGAGCCCAACUUUCAUGCCCCGCUCCACUCAGCCUUUAACCUUCACCACUGCCACAUUUGCUGCCACCAAGUUUGGCUCGACCAAAAUGAAGAAUAGCGGCCGUAGCAGCAAGGUCGCCCGCACUUCUCCCACCAACCUUGGCUUGAAUGUCAAUGACUUGUUGAAGCAGAAAGCCCUUUCCUCCUCCAUGCAUUCGCUCUAUGGGCUUGGCCUAGGCAGUCAGCAGCAGCAACAGCAGAAGACUUCUGCCCUUUCUCCUAAUGCAAAGGAGUUCAUUUUCCCUAACAUACAGGGUCAAGGUAGUACCAGUAGCAUAUUUCCUGGUGACAGCCCCCUUAACCUCAGUCCUCUCCAGUACAGUAAUGCCUUUGAUAUGUUUGCAGCCUAUGGAGGUCUAAAUGAGAAGUCUUUUGUUGAUGGCUUGAAUUUUAGCUUAAACAACAUGCAGUAUUCUAACCAGCAAUUCCAGCCUGUUAUGGCUAACUAAAAAUAAAACAAAUGAAAUACAAAUAAAUCCUAUUGUACAAGUUCAAAUGCACGUACCCAAGGGUGUAUCUUUUUUCCACUUCUUGAGACUUUUUUAAAGCUUGUAGUAUGAAUACAUUCAAGCUUGGUUAGAUAAAUACAACAUGCAUCUUUUUUUCAUUUGCCAGCCAAGCACAAAGUUAUUUUAUACUGACUGUACAUUAAAAAAUAUACUCAAAAUAUGGCCUCUUACAGUAUUUAAGAUAUAGCAAGGACAUGGCUGAUUUUUAUAUAUAUAAAAAAUUGGCACUAAUAAGUGGGUUUAUUGGUCUUUUUCUAAUUGUAUAAUUUAAUUUAGUACAAAGUUUGUAAAAUAUCAGAGUAUAUAUAUUGUUUCUACAACAUGGUAUUGCAUUUAUAUCUUUUUACUACAGUGAUCUGUGACAGCUGCAGCAGCUUCAUGUUGUAUUUUUUUUACUGAAAUUGUAAAAUAUCCAUCUUAGACAUCAAUUAUUCUAAAAAAAAAAAAAAAAAAAAAAUUUAAAGUG